AUCAAAAAAAACACAGCAAAAUAAACACCUACAAAAUAAACACAUACAAAAUAAACACAUACAAAACGAACACAUAGCAAAAAAUCGCUUGCAAAAAAUUUCUUGCAAAAAUCAAAACAAGCAAAAGAACCCCCUUUGCCAUCACGGCGUAAAGUAAGCGGGCAAAACACGCGCAACUCGCUUUGCUCAUUUUUAUAAGCAUAUAUAUGCCGCUCCCCUAUGGUUCUCUUUAAGCCAAAAUGAGUAGGAGCAAAGUUUUCUUUGAUAUUUCCAUUGACAACAAAAGUGCAGGAAGGAUUGUAUUCGAGCUGUUCAGCGACAUCACCCCUAGGACGUGUGAAAAUUUUAGGUCCCUAUGUGCAGGCGAUAAAGUAGGUUCCAAGGGAAAGAACCUACACUACAAGAAUUCCAUUUUCCAUCGAAUUAUUCCUCAGUUCAUGUGCCAAGGAGGAGACAUAACACACGGAAACGGAUCAGGUGGAGAGUCCAUAUACGGAAGAUCCUUCACUGAUGAAAAUUUCAAAAUGAAGCAUGACCAACCAGGUUUACUCUCCAUGGCUAAUGCAGGCCCGAACACAAAUUCGUCUCAGUUUUUUAUCACCUUGGUUCCAUGCCCAUGGUUAGAUGGAAAGCAUGUUGUUUUUGGAAAGGUCAUCGAGGGAAUGAACGUUGUUAGGUAUAUGGAAAAGGAAGGUGCCAAUAGUGGGUAUGUCAAAAGGCCAGUUGUCGUGACCAACUGUGGGGAGAUGUAAUGUGGAAGGAGGGCACUCAUCCAGGGAGUGUACGCAUGUGCUAAAUGUGUACAUAUGCGAUAGGUAUUCCGAGGGGGAGUCCGUUUCCCUCGCGCGAGGAACACACACCUCCUCGAGGAGGCAUGCCCACUCGGUUUAUCGCAAACGUGAGGGCAUUCCCCUUACGCAUACGAAGCUAUAUUGCUAAAAUGUUUAUAAAAGUCGCAAAUUUUUGAAUAUUUUAUGAGCAAUUUAUGCGCUAUGCGUACACCCCUCUUGCGUGUUUCCUCCUCAAAGCAUGUGCACAGCUAGCUGCGAAUGGGCAUAGCAUGUACACACAUACAUUCACACGUAUAUUCACACGUAUAUUCACGCAUAUCAUAUUCACGCAUAUCAUAUUCACGCAUAUUUUAUAUUAACACAUAUAUGUCGUUUUAUUUCCCGCCGCUUUGCACGCUUAAAAAGCAAGGCGCCUUAUGAAGAUUGUCGCGUAACGUUUUAUUAUUCAUUGAAAAGGUUUUUUCCAACGGCACUUUUUUCCCCAUAGCGCAUUUUUCAUUCAUUACCCAUUGCCCACGUAGAACAUCCACCCACCCAUGCAUGCCUGCAUGCAAACACGCUCAACACAGCCAUAUUUAAUCGCAUAAAUUAGCAUUAAAAGGAAAA